GGCCGUGCACCCUGGCCGUGCGAGAGGGCUAAGUUCGACUAAAUGACACGCUGCGUUUUGAGUUGCACGGCCAGAAUGGUGAUAUGCACGGCCGUGCACCCUGGCCGUGCGAGUCGGGAUUUCCUGGUUUUAAGCCAAAUUCCGAACCAAAGAAGAGGAGAGCUGGGUUUUUGGAUCCCAAACACCCAAGGGACGAACCCUAGAGAGAGAGGGCGAUUUGAGGGCAUUCUUGGAGUAGAGAAGGAGGAUUUCUUCGCCUUGGAAGCUCGAGGAACAAGCCCGGACUUGAAGACUGAUCAUCUCAAGAUUCUUACUGCAGUCUCUCUCUUCUCUAUGGAGUAACUUCCCUUCACUUAGGUAUUGAGGAACCCUAGCUAUGUUUGUUUGAUUGGAUGAUUGUAUGAGUACUCUGACUGGAUAAUCUUGAGUUCAUAUUCAAUCUAUGCAUGUUUUCAUGAUUCAAUUCUGCUUUAGUCGAGAUUAUUGAUUCUGCUUUGAUUCUAUGAGAGGGAAUACCUGAUUAGGUCAAUAGAGCACCAUAGAUUGAUAGUAGUGGAUCGAUUGCUUUAGUCGAGGGUUGAUUCACUGCUUUGUAUCGAUUGAGAACCUCUUUCGAUAGAGGGAGUCUAGUUCAGAACGCCUUGAUCAGUUGUUCUAGAGAAGGAUACGUCCCUCUAGGCAAUUGACUCAAGAGGGCCUUGUUCCUUUAGUCGAGACUCAAGGUCUAGUCAAGGAUUCUCCGCAUUGUGAAUGAAAGUGAAACAGGUUAGAGAUCAUCAAUCAUUAAUCUGGCUAGUGGCUAGGGGGAAUCAUACCUAAGUGAGUUCCCAACCUGUAAUUAGAUUAACUUUAACUGUAGUUUGCUAGAGUAGUUUUAGUUCUUUCAUCUUAAUUUGGUUUGCUAAAUAAUAAACUGAAGCUGAGUAAUAGUAACUCUAGAGACCCGUGGAUUCGAUAUUUAUCACUUGAGCCACUAUACUGCAGUCCCUUCCAUUGGUUACACUUGGCCAUUGUUAGGUGUUGUGUUUUUGGAGUGUCAAAUACCCAAAGAAAAUGGCCAUUCGUUGCCCAAGAAAUUACGAAAAUGCCAUCCGAAAAUAAAUUCGCCCAAAUCGAUGCUUAACAUACUUAUCAUCCGUGGAGAAUAGGAUCAAUAGACUUCAUUAUCGGUGGAGAAUAGCUUCGGCCAGAUUCCGUGAUCUGUAGCCUCCAGAAUCGAAAGAAAAUGGCAUUUCGAAUAAAUCGCCAGAAAUCUGUGAUGGUACCCGUUUGGAAUCUGCCAAAAAUUGACACGGAAUAAAUCCGCCCAAAUCGGUGCUUAAUGGAAUCAAUCAUCGUUGGAGAAUAGCCUCAGGCCGAAUCCGUGAUCUGUAGCCUUCAAUACCCAAAGAAAAUGACUUUUCGUCGCCAAAGAAAUUACGAAAAUGCCAUCCGAAAAUAAAUAGGGCCAAAUCGAUGCUUAACGGACUUAUCAUCCGUGGUGAAUAGGAUCAAUAGACUUCAUUAUCGGUGGAGAAUAGCCUCGGUCUGAUUCUGUGAUGUGUAGCCUCCAAAAUCGAAAGAAAAUGGCAUUUCGGAUAAAUCGUACGAAAUCUGUGAUGGUACCCCUUUGGAAUCUGCCAAAAAUUGACCCGGAAUAAAUCCGCCCAAAUCGGUGCUUAAUGGACUCAAUCAUCGUUGGAGAAUAGCCUCUGGCCGAAUCAGUGAUCUGUAGCCUUCAAUACCCAAAGAAAAUGGCCUUUCGUCACCCAAGAAAUUACGAAAAUGUCAUCCGAAAAUAAAUUGGCCCAAAUCGAUGCUUAACGAACUUAUCAUCCGUGGAGAAUAGGAUCAAUAGAAUUCAUUAUCGGUGGAGAAUAGCCUCGGCCUGAUUCCGUGAUAUGUAGCCUCCAUAAUCGAAAGAAAAUGGCAUUUCGGAUAAAUCGCCCGAAAUCUGUGAUGGUCCCCCUUUGGAAUCUGCCAAAAAUAGACCCGGAAUAAAUCCGCCCAAAUUGGUGAUUAAUGGACUCAAUCAUCGUUGGAGAAUAGACUCAGGCCGAAUCCGUGAUCUGUAGCCUUCAAUACCAAAAGAAAAUGGUCUUUCGUCGCCCAAGAAAUUACAAAAAUGCCA